UGUGGGCAGGGAGCCCGGCUCGGCCGCCAGCACUAAAGAUGGAGAGGCGCCGGGGCCUCGCAUGGGAGGGGGCUCGGCGUUGACGUGAGACGCGGCGGAGGCGCCGAAGCCGGUGGUGAUUUGCUAACCUCGCAGCAGAGAGGAGUUGAGGGCGAUGAGAGCGGGUACUGCGAACUGCCGGGCGAUGCCGCCGCUGCCGCCGUGAUACCGAGAGCAACAGUUCCCCAGCAACACCCUUCCCCGACACAGGCACACACCCCCCCAAGAGGCACGCACACCCACCCCGCAGCGCCCGGCUUGGCAGCGCCCUCUCCGUUGGCCCAGGAAACCCACCCUGCCCCAUCACGCAGAGCCAGGAAGAAAAGAGAGCCUCAUGCCUAAGCCGCGGGGAGCACCAUGGAUCUGACGAAGAUGGGCAUGAUCCAGCUGCAGAACCCCAGCCACCCCACAGGGCUCCUGUGCAAGGCCAACCAGAUGCGGCUGGCCGGGACGCUGUGUGAUGUGGUCAUCAUGGUGGACAGCCAGGAGUUCCACGCCCACCGGACAGUGCUGGCCUGCACCAGCAAGAUGUUUGAGAUCCUCUUCCACCGCAACAGCCAGCACUACACUCUGGAUUUCCUCUCGCCGAAGACCUUCCAGCAGAUUCUGGAGUAUGCAUACACAGCCACACUGCAAGCCAAGGCCGAGGACCUGGAUGACCUGUUGUAUGCGGCCGAGAUCUUGGAGAUCGAGUACCUGGAGGAGCAGUGCCUGAAGAUCCUGGAGACCAUCCAGGCCACGGAUGACAAUGACACGGAGGCCACCAUGGCAGAUGGUGGGGCUGAGGAGGAAGAGGACCGAAAGGCUCGGUACCUCAAGAAUAUCUUCAUCUCGAAGCAUUCCGGCGAGGAGAGUGGGCAUGCCAGUGUGGCUGCACAGAGCCUCCCUGGGCCCAUGGUGGACCAGAGCCCGUCAGUCUCCACUUCUUUUGGUCUUUCAGCCAUGAGUCCCACCAAGGCUGCAGUGGACAGUUUGAUGACCAUAGGACAGUCUCUCCUGCAGGGAACGCUUCAGCCGCCUGCAGGGCCUGAGGAGCCGACUCUGGCUGGGGGUGGGAGGCACCCUGGGAUGGCUGAAGUGAAGACGGAAAUGAUGCAGGUGGAUGAGGUGCCCUGCCAGGACAGCCCUGGGGCAGCUGAAUCCAGCAUCUCAGGUGGCAUGGGGGACAAGGUUGAGGAAAGGGGCAAAGAGGGACCUGGGACUCCAACUCGGAGCAGCGUCAUCACCAGUGCUAGGGAGCUGCACUACGGGCGUGAGGAGAGUGCUGAGCAGCUGCCACCCCCUGCUGAGGCUGGCCAGGGCCCCCCAGGCCGACCAGAGCACCUGGCGCCCACAGCCGAGAAACAUCUGGGCAUCUACUCUGUGUUGCCCAACCACAAGGCUGAUGCCGUGUUGAGCAUGCCGUCUUCGGUGUCCUCUGGCCUACACGUGCAGCCCGCCCUGGCUGUCUCCAUGGACUUCAGCACCUAUGGGGGUCUGCUGCCGCAGGGCUUCAUCCAGAGGGAGCUGUUCAACAAGCUGGGUGAGCUGGCCGUGGGCAUGAAGUCAGAGAGCCGGACCAUCGGGGAGCAGUGCAGUGUGUGUGGGGUGGAGCUUCCUGACAAUGAGGCUGUGGAGCAGCACAGGAAGCUGCACAGUGGGAUGAAGACGUACGGGUGUGAACUCUGCGGAAAGCGGUUCCUGGAUAGUUUGCGACUGAGAAUGCACUUACUGGCUCAUUCAGCGGGUGCCAAAGCCUUUGUCUGUGAUCAGUGCGGUGCCCAGUUUUCAAAGGAGGACGCCCUGGAGACACACAGGCAGACCCAUACUGAGCCAACAGCCACGGGCCCUCCAAGUGCACUUGGGAGAGGUGAGGAUGAAAUGAAAUUCUUCUUAUUCAAGACCCUGGAGCCUGGAAUACCGAAAGCUGCUCAGAGGGACCACCCCUACCACUAUCUAAACAUGACACAUAAACCUAAGUCAGAGAAGCUGCAGAGCUGGGGGUUUGAACUUGGUGAGUUUUGNCAGAGUGCGCUCCAGCAGCACAUGGAGGUCCACGCGGGCGUGCGCAGCUACAUCUGCAGUGAGUGCAACCGCACCUUCCCCAGCCACACCGCUCUCAAACGCCACCUGCGCUCACACACAGGUGACCACCCAUACGAGUGCGAGUUCUGUGGCAGCUGCUUCCGGGACGAGAGCACACUCAAGAGCCACAAACGUAUCCACACGGGCGAGAAACCCUAUGAGUGCAAUGGCUGUGGCAAGAAGUUCAGCCUCAAGCAUCAGCUGGAGACACACUAUAGAGUGCAUACAGGUGAGAAGCCCUUUGAGUGUAAGCUGUGCCACCAGCGCUCCCGGGAUUACUCGGCCAUGAUCAAGCACCUGAGGACACACAACGGCGCCUCGCCCUACCAGUGCACCAUCUGCACGGAGUACUGCCCCAGCCUCUCCUCCAUGCAGAAGCACAUGAAGGGCCACAAGCCCGAGGAAAUCCCACCCGACUGGAGGAUAGAGAAGACUUACCUCUACCUGUGCUACGUGUGAAGCCGGGCCAGGCGGGGGCUGAGUGGAAGCGAGAAGAGACGAGUUAGAGCAGGGUGACGUCGAGGAAGGACUGUGCAAAAAAAAAAAAAAAGAAAAAGAAAGAAAAAAAAAAAAA